AGCACUACGAUAACAACCAUGGUUCGUUUUAUCGUGUCCAUCGUCGUCAGCUUUGCGAUUGUUUGUCAUUGUACAGGGAAAGUUGUAAAACGUGCGGAAGGAAAUCCGCAUGACCUCAUGGUCCCCGGCCAGGGACAAGCUAGCAAGUGUUUACAGUGUAAACUGUCUGAUAAAAUGAGCUUAGCAGAAUGCUUGAUGAAACCAGCAACUGAUCCUGAUAAAUAUGAAAUAUGCGCAACCUCACGUCCUGAAUGUAUGACUCAAUUAUGGCAACAAAAUACUGGUUUGGUAUUUAUAUCUGAAUGUGAACAAAUAGAGGCUUGUAUCGAAGAAUCCGAAAAUGAACCAAAUUUUAAUGAAUGUGAUGUAGCGCCAAUCUACGUGAAGACCAAGUGUCGAUAUUGCUGUAAUAACAACACUAUCACCCAAGGGUAUUAUUGCCCACCACCACGAGCUGUAGUCAAUUGUACGGUCUGGGGAGAUCCACGUUUUAAUACCUUUGAUGGAUACCGAUACCACGAGGGCGGGGACUGUGAUGAGUACACGCUGUUGCAUAUGAAUUGUAGCUUGCAUGACCUCAAGGUUAAAAUAACCGAGUUAAAAACCCGAGACCAUUAUCGUGUGGAGACCCUCAUACUAGAACAGCAUAAUGAACGAUUAGUACUUGGUGUUAAUAAUGGUGUAGACCCUGUAACAUUCACGUUGUUUCCUGAAGAUGGACCUCCCAUAGAUGAGGACGAUUUCCCAGGUUGGCAUGGAGAUUACAAUCAAUUCUUGUUGAGUAAACAUGGCGACUCUUACCACGUGACAAUGGAUGUCGAUUCUGAUGGUUUCUACGACCUAGUCGUCAAAUGGGAAAUCAGGAGAGUGGAACUUGAACUCUCACAACCCUACAGUGAAUGUUACAAUGUACGAGGUUUAUGUGGUGACUCGAAUGGUUCCCCGGAAUAUGAACUGAUUACACCAGCUAACACAAAUGCAACCGACGAAACCGAAUUUCAUCGAAGCUGGGGACAAGGGUAA